GGACGCGGCCCGAGUCUUGCGCUGUUGGCACUUAGCUGUCAAACAGGGGCGAAGUCGUACUCUCUGCUAGCGUCAAGUGUCCGUGUGGAAAACGAGUUUUAUUCAUGGUAAUCUCUAACUAGGUGAAACUUUUAAACGCCUGUCUCACAACAGGACUAGGGAUUCCGAGGAUCUGCAGGUGGUGGGGAAAUGGAGGCUCCCGCUUCAUCACGCUCUCUCUCCCGGAAGAGGAGGAGAGACGACUCGAACGGAGAGACGGAGGAAGGAGACGCCGCAGUCAAGUUCAAACGCCACACCGUGGCUCUCAGAGAUCCGGCUCCGUACGCUGAUCAGUUGGACUCGUUGGAGGAUCGACCGUAUAAACGGGUCAGCAUGGAGGAGGCUCAAAGGGGAACACCACCUGACAGACCGGUGAGAGUGUAUGCAGACGGUAUCUUCGACAUGUUUCAUUCCGGACACGCCCGGGCCCUCAUGCAGGCCAAAGACCUCUUUCCCAACACACACCUGAUCGUUGGAGUGUGCAGUGACGACCUCACACACAAACUCAAGGGCUUCACUGUGAUGAACGAGGAGGAACGCUACGACGCCGUCACACACUGCCGCUACGUGGAUGAGGUGGUGCGUAACGCGCCCUGGACCCUCACACCAGAUUUCCUGACCAAACACCGGAUUGACUUUGUUGCUCAUGAUGAUAUCCCGUACUCAUCAGCAGGGAGUGACGAUGUCUACAAACACAUCAAAGAUGCAGGAAUGUUUGCUCCGACUCAGCGCACCGAGGGCAUCUCCACCUCCGACAUCAUCACACGCAUCGUCCGUGACUACGACGUGUACGUGAGGAGAAACCUGCAGCGGGGCUACACGGCUAAAGAGCUCAACGUCAGCUUCAUCAACGAGAAGAAGUACCACCUGCAGGAGCGUGUGGAUAAGGUGAAGCAGAAGGUGCGAGACGUGGAAGAGAAGAGCAAAGAGUUUGUGCAGAAGGUGGAGGAGAAGAGCAUCGACCUGAUCCAGAAGUGGGAGGAGAAAUCCCGCGAGUUCAUCGGAAACUUCCUGCAGAUGUUCGGGCCCGAGGGAGCGCUGAAGCACAUGCUGAAGGAGGGGAAAGGUCGCAUGUUGCAGGCCAUCAGUCCUCGUCAGAGCCCGAGCAGCAGCCCGACCCGCGAGCGCUCGCCCUCGCCCACCUUCCGCCUCCCGUUCUUCACCAAGACCUCUCCGCCUUCCUCACCCCGCGCCAAGCGCCCGCGCCAUGACAUCACCUACGGCCAGAACAUCAGCGAGGAUGACGAGGAUGAUGAGGAAGAUUAGGAAGGAGGACGCAGGCUGUGGAGACGCUGACACGGAAUCACGACGCUCCUCCAUCGAACACGGAGCGAAGGACGGAUUUUAAAAAAACGCCACAGAUACGGCUGUGUGUGUAGAAUCCGUUAGCAUACAGGAGGACUCUCUGUGUGUGUGUGUGUGUGUGUGAGAUGUUAAGGCAUGCCAGUGUUCUGGUUCUGUUUCCUGUAAAGAUUCAGGUUUUGGGGAAGAGCCGCUGUGUUUUUACUGUCAGUGUGCACAGGAUCGUUUUUAUUUCUACUGGUUUUUGUUUGUUUGUUUUACAGUCGAACAGCACGCUCGGAGAGGCUGUGAAAAAAAAAAAAAGCUUGUUGCUAGGGUUA